CAGCACACCACACCGCAGCACCAUGAGCAGACCCACGAUCGCAGAGGUUAUCGCCGAGCGCAAGGCCAACAACACGGCGGCCUUCAUCACCUUCGUGCCCUGCGGCUUCAAGACCAAGGCCGACACGGUGGAAAUCCUGCUGGGCCUGCAGCGCGGCGGCGCCAACAUCAUCGAAGUGGGCAUCCCGUACUCCGACCCUCAGGCUGAUGGACCGACCAUCCAGCGCGCCCACCAGGUGGGUGUGGACCAGGGCAUCACGUUGACUGACGUGCUCGCCACCGUGAGCGAGGCGCGCGCCAAGGGCCUGACCACGCCCGUAGUGCUCAUGGGCUACUACAACAACAUUCUGCAGUACGGAGAGGACAAGAUCUGCCCCGACGCUCAGAAAGCCGGAGUGGAUGGAUUCAUCAUCGUGGACUUGCCGCCUGAGGAGGCCAAGCCGCUCAGCGACGACGCCGCCAAGCACGGCCUCGCUUACAUUCCGCUGGUGUCGCCUACCACAACGGAGGACCGCAUGAAGCUCAUUGACUCGGUGGCGCACGGCUUCGUCUACUGCGUGAGUCUCACGGGCGUCACGGGAGCUCGCACCGACCUGCCGCCCAACCUUGACGCGUUCAUGGCUACGAUCCGCGCGAAUGUGAAGCACCCGCUUGCGCUGGGUUUCGGUCUGUCUACCCGCCAGCACUUCGUGCUGGCGAGCGCGCUCGCGGACGGCGUCGUGAUCGGCUCCAAGAUUGUCAAGAUCAUUGAGGACGCGCCCGACACGGCGAGCCGCGCCGCCAACGUGGAGGCGUUCUGCAAGAGCAUCGUGAACCCGUAG